AUGGGGUUUGGGAUCAAGCCUGCAACCAAGAUAUUGAGGCUAAAACAUGUCACAGUUGUAACAACAAAGAAAAAUGUUAAAGUCUUAAGACGUGAAACCUACACAGUGGAUUUUAUUAAAAAGCAGAUUGAGGAGUUCAACAUAGGGAAGAGACAUUUAGCCAACAUGAUGGGAGAAGAUCCAGAAACUUUUACGCAAGAGGAUAUUGAUAGAGCUAUUGCUUAUCUUUUUCCCAGUGGUUUGUUUGAGAAGCGAGCCAGACCAAUAAUGAAGCAUCCUGAACAGAUUUUUCCAAAACAGAAAGCAACCCAAUGGGGAGAAGAUGGCCGUCCAUUUCAUUAUCUCUUUUAUACUGGCAAGCAGUCAUACUACUCAUUAAUGCAUGACACAUAUGGAAAGAUACUCGAUAUAGAAAAACAUAAAAAUCAGUUGCAAGCCAAAGGUCUGUUUUCAGAAAAAGAUAAAACCACAGACCUGAUUGGCAGCAGAUGGCUGAUUAAGGAGGAACUAGAAGAAAUGUUGGUGGAAAAACUGUCAGAUCAAGAUUACGCGCAGUUCGUGCGGCUGAUGGAGAGGUUACUGCAGUGCGGGGCUGCCGGAGAGUUUGUGCAGAGCUUCCGCAGGAGUGUCACUGUGCAGUCGAAGAAGCAGCCGAUUGAGCCCGUGCAGCAUGACGCGCAGGGAAAGGCCUUCAGCACCAGCGAAGGUAGAAGAAAGAGUGCAAAAGCAGAGGCAGUUGUUUAUGAACAUGGAAAUGGAAGAAUAAAAAUCAAUGGCGUCGAUUACCUGCUUUACUUCCCUGUGCUGCAGGACAGAGAACAGCUGAUGUUCCCCUUUCACUUCCUGGACCGACUGGGAAAACACGAUGUGACCUGCACCGUCUCCGGGGGCGGGAGGUCGGCGCAGGCUGGAGCCAUACGCUUGGCAAUGGCCAGAGCUUUGUGCAGUUUCGUCACCGAGGAAGAGGUCGAGUGGAUGAGACAAGCUGGACUGCUCACAUCUGAUCCGCGCGUCCGAGAACGGAAGAAGCCGGGCCAGGAGGGAGCCCGCAGGAAGUUUACCUGGAAGAAGCGCUGAGUGUUGCUGGGAAAGGAGGGGGAGCGUGCACCUGCAUGUGGCGAACACACAUCAAUAAGUGCCGGCCAGUGGGAGUUUAUUUUCAAAUGCUAACUUUUAAAAAUGUU